AUGGACCGGUUGGACCAACUGGCCGUUGGUCCGAUGGACCGGUUGGACCAACUGGCCUGUUGGUCCGAUGGACCGGUUGGACCAACUGGCCUGUUGGUCCGAUGGACCGGUUGGACCAACUGGCCUGUUGGUCCGAUGGACCGGUUUGGACCAACUGGCCUGUUGGUCGAUGGACCGGUUGGACCAAUGGCCUGUUGGUCCGAUGGACGGUUGGACCAACUGGCCUGUUGUGGUCCGAUGGACCGGUUGGACCCAACUGGCCUGUUGGUCCGAUGGACCGGUUGGACCAACUGGCCUGUUGGUCGAUGGACCGUUGGACCAACUGGCCUGUUGGUCCGAUGGACCGGUUGGACCAACUGGCCCUGUUGGUCCGAGGGACCGGUUGGACCAACUGGCCUGUUGGUCGAUGGACCGGUAUGGACCAACUGGCCUGUUGGUCCGAUGGACCGGUUGGACCAACUGGCUGUUGGUCCGAAUGGACCGGAUGGACCAACUGGCCUGUUGGUCCGCUGGACCGGUUGGACCAACUGGCAUGUUGGUCCGAUGGACCGUAUGGACCAACUGGCCUGUUGGUCCGAUGGACCGGUUGGACCAACUGGCCUGUUGGUCCGAUGGACCGGUUGGAUCAACUGGCCUGUUGGUCCGAUGGACCGGUUGGACCAACUGGCCUGUUGGUCCGAUGGACCGGUUGGAUCAACUGUCCUGUUGGUCCGAUGGACCGGUUGGACCAACUGGCCUGUUGGUCCGAUGGACCGGUUGGACCAACUGGCCUGUUGGUCCGAUGGACCGGUGGACCAACUGGCCUGUUGGUCCGAUGGACCGGUUGGACCAAACUGGCCUGUUGGUCCGAUGGACCGGUUUGGACCAACUGGCCUGUUGGUCCGAUGGACCGGUUGGACCAACUGGCCUGUUGGUCCGAUGGACCGGUUGGAUCCAACUGGCCUGUUGGUCCGAUGGGACCGGUUGGACCAACUGGCCCUGUUGGUCCGAUGGACCGGUUGGACCAACUGGCCUGUUGGUCCGAUGGACCGGUUGGACCAACUGGCCUGUUGGUCGAUGGACCGGUUGGACCAACUGGCCUGUUGGUCCGAUGGACCGGUUGGACCAACUGGCCUGUUGGUCCGAUGGACCGGUUGGACCAACUGGCCUGUUGGUCAAAUGGACCGGUUGGACCAACUGGCCUCUUGGUCCGAUGGACGGUUGGACCAACUGGCCUGUUGGUCCGAUGGACCGGUUGGACCAAAUGGCCUGUUGGUCCGAUGGACCGGUUGGACCAACUGGCCUGUUGGUCCGAUGGGACCGGUUGGACCAACUGGCCUGUUGGUCCGAUGGACCGGUUGGACCAACUGGCCUGUUGGUCCGAUGGACCGGUUGGACCAACUGGCCUGUUGGUCCGAUGGACCGGUUGGACCAACUGGCCUGUUGGUCCGAUGGACCGGUUGGACCAACUGGCCUGUUGGUCCGAUGGACCGGUUGGACCAACUGGCCUGUUGGUCCGAUGGACCGGUUGGACCAACUGGCCUGUUGGUCCGAUGGACGGAUUGGACCAACUGGCCUGUUGGUCCGAUGGACCGGUUGGACCAACUGGCCUGUUGGUCCGAUGGACCGGUUGGACCAAACUGGCCUGUUGGUCCGAUGGACCGGUUGGACCAACAGGCCUGUUGGUCCGAUGGACCGGUUGGACCAACUGGCCAUGUUGGUCCGAUGGACCGGUUGGAUCCAACUGGCCUGUUGGUCCGAUGGACCGGUUGGACCAACUGGCCUGUUGGUCCGAUGGACCGGUUGGAUCAACUGUCCUUUUGGUCCGAUGGACGGUUGGAUCAACUGUCCUGUUGGUCCGAAUGGACCGGUUGGAUCAACUGUCCUGUUGGUCAGAUGGACCGGUUGGACCAACAGGCCUGUUGGUCCGAUGGACCGGUAGACCAACUGGCAUGUUGGUCAAUGGACCGGACCGGUGGACCAACUGGCCUGUUGGUCCGAAUGGACCGGUUGGACCAACUGGCCUCGUUGGUCCGAUGGACCGGUUGGACCAACUGGCCUGUUGGUCCGAUGGACCGGUUGGACCAACUGGCCUUUGGUCCGAUGGACCGGUUUGGACCAACUGAUGGACCGGUUGGACCAACUGGCCUGUUGGUCCGAUGGACCGGUUGGACCAACUGGCCUGUUGGUCCGAUGGACCGGUUGGACCAACUGGCCUGUUGGUCCGAUGGACCGGUUGGACCAACUGGCCUGUUGGUCCGAUGGACCGGUUGGACCAACUGGCCCUGUUGGUCCGAUGGACCGGUUGACCAACUGGCCUGUUGGUCCGAUGGACCGGUGGACCAACUGGCCUGUUGGUCCGAUGGACCGGGUUGGACCAACUGGCCUGUUGGUCCGAUGGACCGGUUGGACCAACUGGCCUGUUGGUCCGAUGGACGGUUGGACCAACUGGCCUGUUGGUCCGAUGGACCGGUUGGACCAACUGGCCUGUUGGUCCGAUGGACCGGUUGGACCAACUGGCCUGUUGGUCCGAUGGACCGGUUGGACAACUGGCCUGUUGGUCCCGAUGGACCGGUUGGAUCAACUGUCCUGUUGGUCCGAUGGACCGGUUGGACCAACUGGCCUGUUGGUCCGAUGGACCGGUUGGACCAACUGGCCUGUUGGUCCGAUGGACCGGUUGGACCAACUGGCCUGUUUGGUCCGAUGGACCGGUUGGACCAACUGGCCUGUUGGUCCGAUGGACCGGUUGGACCAACUGGCCGUGUUGGUCCGAUGGACCGGUUGGACCAACUGGCCUGUUGGUCCGAUGGACCGGUUGGACCAACAUGGCCUGUUGGUCCGAUGGACCGGUUGGACCAACUGGCCUGUUGGUCCGAAUGGACCGGUUGGACAACUGGCCUGUUGGUCCGAUGGACCGGUUGGACCAACUGGCCUUUGGUCCAUGGACCGGUUGGACCAACUGGCCUGUUGGUCCAGAUGGACCGGUUGGACCAACUGGCCUGUUGGUCCGAUGGACCGGUUGGACCAACUGGCCUGUUGGUCCGAUGGACCGGUUUGGACCAACUAGGCCUGUUGGUCCGAUGGACCGGUUGGACCAACUAG